AUGUUACAGUCUAUUCCUGAUACAAAUGACUCAGCAAUCCCUCUUCCUUUUGGGGGCAGAAAAGAUAAACCACGGGAGCUGCACAUGCACCGGCAGCCUCCAUAUCCUAAGACUUUUGAGGACCAUCUACAGGAAAAACGUAUCCAGCUCUCCUGGGAUCACCCAGCCUUGCAACGUAACUUCCUGUUCCCUGCUGGCCUUAUCUCAGAUGGUUGUUCAUCAACCUUCAUCAUCUUCAGUAGUGUGUAUGAUACCACCACAGCCCAGGGAACCUCAGCAAUUCCAGAUCCCCAGGCCCAGGAAUCCCCAGCACUUCCUACUCCUCAAGCUCAGGAGUCCACAGCUCUUCCUGUGCCCCAAGCUCAGGAGUCCACAGCACUUCCUGUGCCCCAAGCUCAGGAGUCCACAGCACUUCCUGUGCCCCAAGCUCAGGAGUCCACAGCACUUCCUGUUCCUCAAGCUCAAGAGUCCACAGCACUUCCUGUGCCCCAGGCUCAGGAGUCCACAGCACUUCCUGUGCCCCAAGCUAAAGAGUCCCUAGCACUUCCUGUUCCCCAGGCUCAGGAGUCCACAGCACUUCCUGUUCCUCAAGCUCAAGAGUCCACAGCACUUCCUGUGCCCCAAGCUCAGGAGUCCACAGCUCUUCCUACUAUCCAAGCUCAGGAAUCCCCAGCAAUUCCUACUCCCCAAGCUCAGGAGUCCACAGCACUUCCUGUUCCCCAGGCUCAGGAAUCCCUAGAACUUCCUGUGCCCCAAGCUAAGGAGUCCCUAGCACUUCCUGUUCCCCAGGCUCAGGAGUCCACAGCAAUUCCUGCUAUCCAAGCUCAGGAGUUUCCAGCACUUCCUGUUCCCCAAGCCCAGGAAUCCCUAGCACUUCCUGUUCCCCAGGCUCAGGAGUCCCUAGCUCUUCCUAUUCCUCAAGCUCUGGAAUCCCCAGCACUUCCUGUGCCCCAAGCUCAAGAAUCUCCAGCACUUCCUGUUCCCCAGGCUCAGGAGUCCACAGCACUUCCUGCUAUCCAAGCUCAGGAGUUUCCAGCACUUCCUGUUCCCCAAGCUAAUGAGUCCCUAGCUCUUCCUGUUCCCCAAGCCCAGGAAUCCUCAGCACUUCCUAUUCCCCAAGCUCAGGAACCCCCAGCACUUCCUGUGCCCCAAGCUCUGGAGCCCCCAGCACUUCCUGCUCCCCAAGCCCAGGAACUGCUAGUAUUUCCUGCUCCCCAAGCCCAGGAAUCCCCAGCAUUUCCCAAACCCCAACCUCUGUUGGAGCAUGAGAUCCUAACUCAACUGCUGUCUCAAGCUGUGCCCCAGCCUCGAUCCCAACUUCUCAGGGAGGACCAACCUCAAUCCUUUCUCCCAAUCCGGCUGCCUUCUCCUCCGCCUCAGAAAAAUGCCUGUGGAGUGCAUUUCCUUGGACUGCAGAAUGCGGCAGAGUCUCUCACACCAUCUGAAACUCAAUACCUGGAACAUCACUUGUUGAAGAAAAAGCAGGAAAAUGUGUGGGGCAUACCCUCCGUGGUCCUUAUGUCUCAGGGAGCUUUUUGUCCUCCGGCUCCAAACCUGGCCUUGGCGAGCCAGCGCUUCAAGGCCCAUGUUCCAAUUUCCAUCCUUCCCGGAGAUUUCUGCCUGAGCAGUGAGGUUCAGGAGAAGCUAGAACACCACCUUCAAAACAGGAUCAUGCAAAACCAGUGUGGCCUGCCCCGCAGGGUCUGCGAGUCUCUGUCACGCGUUAACAUUCUGAGUGACGUUUCGAGGACACCCAAGUCAAAGAGCCAUCGGGGACCCUCAGGGGCCUAUUUGUUUAAGGAUCACAGCAUCAGAGACGCAAAGGAUUUGAGACUGAGCCAACCUGGAAGCUUCAGCAAGACCUUGGAAAUGCUUCCUCUGGGAAAUGACAUAAGGAAGUCCCAGGGACGUUUUCUGGACAGCGGUUCCCGCAGUCAUCGGAUGAGUGACUCAGAGAGGUGUUCGGGAAAGGGUCUAUGGUAUGAUUCUGAGGAAGACCCAGCAGGUCACCUCAUGCGUCUGUCGGGGGAUAAUUCAAGGGCCUCCGGAAUAAGCCGAAAGCAGAAAAAACUUACCAAUGCCCUGGAAGCCCAUUUAAACAAGAAAGUUGUGGAAAUCCAUGAGCGUCACAUUCCUAGGACUGUAUAUAACUCAUUGUGUUCUACAUGGCCUCUUCCUGAGAAAUCCUGUAGUCAAGUGGUUAGCAAAGAUUUGGCCCCAGUGGCGAGUGUAGACAGCAACAUCAACACCUCCUGUGAGCUUUCCUUCCUUGGUUCCAGCCAGCAGAAGAUGCUGGAAGACCACAUACAAAAUUAUCAUGAGAGGAUAAUGUGGGGCCUUCCCGAAAAAGUCCUUGAAACCAUAGAAUUCUUCAAAAUGAAAGAGGAGCCAUCCCAGAGCGUUUGCCCACCCAACCUUCCCUCCUCAACCAGCUUUACUUCCAAGGCUAAUUCCCAAGUGGGUGUCUCCAGACCCGUUACAAGAAGCUCCAUGUUUUUGCGUGGAGACAAAGUGAGAAGAAAAACAUCUGUCCCCAGUCGAGAUCAUCAUUUUCCUGCCACCUCGCCUGUGUGCAAGCUCCAUAGAAGAGGUGCUCUAGCUUUGCAUGGAGACAAGGUGAGAACAAGAAUCUCUUUCCCCUGUCUGGAAAGGCAACCCCCUGCCAGCUCACCUGUGUGCAGGCCCAGUGGAGGAGGCGCCACAGUUUUUCAUGGAGACAAGGUGAGAGCAAGAAUCUCUUUCCCCUGUCUGGAAAGGCAACCCCCUGCCAGCUCACCUGUGUGCAGGCCCUGUGGAGGAAGCCCUAUAGCUUUGCAUGGAGACAAUGCGAGAGCAAGAAUCUCUGUCCCCUGUCUGGAAAGGCAACCCCCUGCCAGCUCACCUGUGUGCAGGCCUUGUGGAGAAAGCCCUAUAGCUUUGCAUGGAGACAAUGCGAGAGCAAGAAUCUCUGUCCCCUGUCUGGAACAGCAGUCCCCUACCAGCUCACCUGUGUGCAGGCCUUGUGGAGGAAGCCCUAUAGCUUUGCAUGGAGACAAGGUGAGAGCAAGAAUCUCUGUCCCUAGUCUGGGUCAGCAUUUCCCUUCCACCUCGCCUGUGUGCAGAGAAAGACAGGGGACACUGAGGCAAGCCCCCUGUGAUAGCCCCCAUGGGCGAAUAGGUAACAUUCAGAGAUUCGAGGAUUGUAGACAGCCUUGUGUGGAUAACAUCCCAGACAAAGCAAGACAGAAACAGGCUGCACUAGGCAAUAGAUGCAGCCCAGUGGUGUUCACAAGGGAAGAUAGAGUUGGAUCUAAACCAAGCUAUAAGCAAUGGAACUCUAGAAAAAGAAUAAAAAGGCUUCAGGGCAAAAAGAUGAAUUUGGAACAUUUUCCCAUGCGUAAGAAAUCCAGGGGAAUAUUCAUAUCAAGGGAGCUCUGUGUUCUCCCAUCUCCAUGUAGUUACAUCUUGACCAGCAACAAGUCAGAAAUCUCCCCAAUGACAGGUAUGACUUCAGGUAAAGUAGGAGCUACCCUGCCCACUGAACAUUCCCCACCAAUAAUAUCAGAAUCCCUAGAUCCUAAACUCUCAGGCCUUAAUAAUCAGCUGCUCUGUGACUUAGACAGCAGGGAGCAUCGCCAGGCUCGCAGCCAUCCCACUGACCCGUCCGUUGCAUCAGAGAACCUGAAAUCGAAGCCUGUCCUGACUCACGCCCAGGGCAUCUGCACUUGGCACAUGGCACCUUCCCAGGUGUUGCGUGUUCAUGUUGACGAUGCAGCGAUCCGCAGGGAGCAGAUGCAUGAGCCCUGUGUCCCUGUGUGUGCCUUAUGGAAGGACCAGGAUAAGAAUCUCACACCAGGUUCCAAGACAGUAAGCCUUCCAGAACCCCGAACAGAAGAGCUUGGUGGAGGAGAUGCAGGACCAGGGUCAUCCCAACCCAGAAGGAGGAUCCAUGGCGCUCCAGAUGGUACCUUAAAGGCAAAUCUUGGGAGUAAAUCUUCCCCAACCCUGUCGGUGAAGGGGCAACCUCCUACUGAAAGCCGUUUCAGAAAACAAAUAAAGCACUUUCUACAAUGGAUUUGGCCUAGCAGAAAGUGUGAAGAGCCAGAGAGUUUUCUGGAAAAGGGCAGUACCCUAUCAUCUGUGCAGAGGAUGGGCCUAGCUAAAAAUCUAGCUGCCUUCACUUGGAAUUCUGAGCCUCAGCAAGUCAAGACAGCCAGUGGGAAUGUCCCAGGGGAGAAGCCGGGGCUUGAUCCCAGAACAGGUAAGACCAACCACCAAGACCCCCUAUCCACCCAGGUGAAGUUUGGCAAAACUCAGCACCAGGCAAAAUUGCAGACUGGGGCAGUGCCUGUCCAGGACCGUCAGUCCAACCAGAGGACAACAUCUUGUAGAGGGACAAGUAUCAAGUCCUGCAGCCAAGAAGCUGCGUUUGCUGGCCAGAGUUGUCCUGCAAGGAAUGCACACAUGAAACACACAGAGCCCCAGAAAUCUGUGCCAUGGUAUCAGAGGCUUCCCUUGGCUGUGUCCCAGAGGAAGCCUGUGCCACACCCAAGCCCCACCUAGAGGUGUCAGGUUGGCCAGGUGCCUUGGGUUGCCCCUGCCACUGCAAAAGGUAUUGAGAGAUUUGUCUCUACCUUUUAAACAGAAAAAUUCAUCUCCAGUGUUUUCAAGGAGGAAAUCUGCCUCCCUAAAAUCUUUAAU